UUUGACGUUUUUGGAUAUUUUGAUUUUGACGUGUACACUGUCGCGUUUGCCUUAUUUACAACAAUUGUAAUUUACAUAAAUAAAAUCGUUUAUACACCAAAAUGUCCAGCGGUCAAUGGGAAGUUGUAGGUAAGAACAAGAAGUCUCAAAAUGGGAAAGUAAAAACAAUAAAGGAGGACGAAAAGAAGCCGACUCGUAAUGGACCGAAGCCUGAAGACGUUGCGCCUCCGACUAAAUCGUAUUAUGCCGGCAUGGAGAUCGAUGACCCAAAAGCUAAUGGGAAGAAGGCCAGCAAAAACAAGAAGAAAGCUGAACCUCCCAAGCCGAAGCCGCCGAAAACAAUUGAAGGAGCAUUUGAAGCUAUUGACGCAACAGAGCUAGCAAAUAUCAUUACAACCAACAAAAUCCGGUUCAGCAACGCACCCCUAGUCUGGUUGAAAGAAGUCGCCAAUUUCCUCAACUCCAAGACUCAAAUAGAAGUGGAAGACCCAACAUUUUCUACCCAGGACCCUUUGUAUCCUCUGUCGGUCCUGCCUGCAGAAAUCAAGAGUUCGUUGGAGACAGUGCUGAGUGAUGCGGGAAAGGCUAAUGCGCAGUUGUUCUUUGAUGUCACUCUCACCGCUUUAGCAAAUGAUAUGAGUAGAGGGCAACUAGUAAACGGCCACCGCCUCCUCCUCCAAAUGCUGGCGCUGGAAUACCCCGAGUUCUGUGUGGCGUCCCUCCAAAAAAGCGCGAGCCUCCGCAACUCCUACCAGAACCGACCGCCGAUUGGACUGUCCCUUCUUUGGGCGUUUGGGCAGGGAGGGUUCAGCGACUUCUCAGUAGGUUUGAAAGCGUGGCAAGAACUAUUCCUUCCAAUAAUAGAGUUAAAGAAUUAUUCUAAGUACGUGGUAGGGUAUUUGAGCCAGUUGCUGGACAGGCACGCCAAAAUGGACGCCACAGUGAGCCAGGAGCAACUGUUGGCGAUGUUCGAUAUGGUGAACAGUAAGAAGGGCCUGUCUAAGGAUAUGUCAAGUGACCUUAUGAAGCAAUUAAGUAAAUAUAAGGAUAUAUACUUCAAUAAGAGCGGCGCCAAACUCCAAGUGACCUUCAACCAGAUAAUAAAGAAACUGCCCAACCAGUACUUGAGCGGUUCGAACCUGGACCCCUACAACCGAGUGCUAGUGGAAAGUUUAGUAGACUGUUUGCAGCGGGACGACUCCUGUAACGCUACGUGGAGGCAGCUGUUCCAUCGUUGUCCUAAACAGUCUGCCACUCUACUAGAUUACAUAGAUUCUAAUUGGGCACAAAUCAGUCCGAAGCUAAAGCAAAAAUCCUUGAAAAUGUCAGUAACUCAGUAUAAAGAGAUUAGUGUUGAAACUUUGAAGGGAAAGAAAAAAGAUGAAACCGUUGUAAAGACCAAUAAAAUUUGCCAGGAUAUUCUAGACAGAAUGACGAGCACUAGAAGAUUCCCUUGGCUGUGGGCGAGCUUCAUCUUACUGCUGGGCAUCGCUGGACUGAUCGCCUAUGAUGUCUCUACGGUCAACGGAAACUUCCCGAAGAGCGCAACCGGCCGACUACUCAACGACCUAGGCAUUCUCGAGCAGAGCCAGCGGGCAUGGCAGAAGUCCCUCUCGGCCUCCGCUAGAGGCUACCUCUGGCUCGAAACCAACACCCCCAUCUACUACGCCCAAGCGGCCGAAAUUGCCAAACCUUAUGGACAACUCUCGAGAGACGCCUUCACAGUCGGUCUUAAGAAAGCUGGCAUACUCUAUGGCAACAUAAAAGACUAUGUUGUUGAGAAAACUCCAGUGGUAGUGGCCACUAUUGAGCAUUAUGUGCCCGGUUUGGUGGAUAGUGUGGUUGGUUAUACGACAAUGGGGUAUGAAGUUGUGAAGAAGUAUUCGGUUGAGUACUACCAGUUUACUUCGGAGUAUUUGAAGACCAAAGUUUUUGUAGGCGAGUGGGCCCCCGAAGUCCUCCAGAACAAGACGCAGAGCGCCCUCAACGUGACCCGCUUCCACGUCUCCUCAUACUUCUACUGGCUCCGGACGCAGGUGGACGUGUACUCCGCGAUACCUUGAAGACCCCCGUGCGGUGCGCGUACUACCAUCAUGUGCUGGAGGCUCUCGUUUUAAGUUCAUUCCUCAAUCCCUGUCAAUUGUUGAGUCUAUGGUAAUGUUUAACCAUUUACCCCCUUAUUCAUAAACGUUUACUAAAGUUGACAAGCCGAUAAUAAUCGUUUGUCCCUUUCCGACGUAUUGGUAUGAUGGAAAGGGACAAACGAUUAUUAUCAGCUUGUCAACUUUAGUAAACGUUUAUGAAUAAGGGGGUUAGUCCGUAGCGGCAACAUACUUGCCAUCAUACUUAAAACAAAAACGCAUCUCUACUACGUGAAUUACGGUUCGAAAUCGAGUGACUAGAAAAGAAUGUCAAAUGGUUAAAGGGUUAAGGCUUCUGGACGGAUUAUAGUAUUUUUAAUUUUUUUUAAUCUAAUUGGGUACGCUGACAGGUGUCAUUUCAAUACAAUUUUGCGAGUUUUGACGUUUUUAGGUUAUAAAUUACAUGGAGAUGACGCCUGUCACAUUACUCAAACAAUACUAUAGUUAUUUGACAAUUGACAUCUGUCAAAUAGAAAAUGUUGGGCCCACAAUACGCUGUGCGUUGUCUAUUUUAGUUCCUCCAACACGCACUUCGCACGUAGCAAUCAGAAUUUUGUGUAAAUCAUCGAAGUAAAUAUGCUUUGGAAACAGUAGAUUCUGUGUUUAUGGGCUUUGAGCUCUAAUGGCUGUCUUUUAUACGGCUUUUAAUGCAUUUAUUUUAAUUAAAAGUAAAAUAUAUGUUUAAUUUUUGGAAUUGUGUAAAAAACUGGUUAGGGUGGUAUUCCACCUGUCCAAUGUGCAUUGCGUCUCACUCUCUCAUUAAGCAAAAUUUGAGACGCAAAUACACAUUGGACCAAGAUAUUGGACGGAUGGAAUACCAUCUUUAUACAUGAGUAUCAGCGAUUGGGCUUGCAAAAACAUUUUGGUUUAAAACGAAAUUAACUACAUUUUUCUUCUUUGUAUUUAUUAACAUUUUAAAAGUGAGAUACGUGCACAAAUUAUCUUUAGGUUUUUAAUCAUUGAGUAACCCUUCAACCGCACAUGUUACAUUUAAUUUAUAAAAACCCCUCUACAAAUUUUAGACAUGGCAACAUUUUAAAUCUUAAAAAAAAACCAAUAGUUUUCGAAACACGUUUGCAUUGAACAAAAACACCAUUUCAUUAGAUGUUAUCCUUCAAAAAUCAUAUCUUUGAACCUCGUCCAUGACAUUUAAAUCAUAGUUGUAUUGCAUUUGCUAGUAUUUUUGAUGAAAUCAAACAUUCCUAAUGCAUUUUUUAAAUUAAUUUUCCAAUUUUAACAUAAGUCGUUGAUUUUAAUGACUGAACUGAGUUUUAACUAAUCAUCGAAUUCGCAUAGUUUUGCAUACUUUUUCAAAUCUUUCAUUAAGAUUUGCCGAUUCAUUAUUGACCCUUUGAGCUCGAAACACUCGAAUUAUUAUGUAUAUUAGUAGAUAUUUCGGAUAAAAUCUUGAAAGGUAAAUUCUUGUUUAGGACUACUUUACGCUAGGUGAACCGUCAAAGUUAUGUUGAAAGGCACCUAGUGUGAACACGUCCAUAUUGUUUUGCGUAGUGUAUUCAUUUUACAUUUAUAACUGAUCACAAAUAUGAUACUAAAUAUCAAAGAGCUAAAGUAAUCUUUAGAUUUAAAACCCUAGAGUGCUCGCGCUUUGAGCAUUUUGCCGCCCGCGGCUAAAAGCUGAUUACUUGAACACAGUGCAUUUGUCAAGGUGUUUUAAGCGUAAAACAUAUGUUACUUUUUCAGUUUUUUGGUUUAUUUUAUAGCAUAAAAGUGAUUACAAACUAAUUUAAAUAAUGAAUAGAACGGGCGUUUUUUUCUUGGUGGGGUUUUCAGGCCUUUACAUUAAUUGCACGUGAAAAAUACGCAAGUAAUUAUAACGCGUUAGCAUUAGCACUGAUUGACUAGCACGUUGUCUUUUCGUGGAUUAGCAAAGUAAAAUUUUGGUUUUAAUUUUUUAACAAACUAAUUUCUCCAUUAUUUUAAACAAGAAAUCAUGUUAAGUUUGGGCGGCAAAAUGCUCCCCACGCGAGCACUCACGUUUCACGGAAAGGCGAGACGUUUCUAGAGUUAAAUAAGAUUUAUGUUAUGAGUUAAAUAAUUAAAUAUGUACCAAAUUGGCGGUCUAUGCAAGAUUUCUAAAUUUAUGACAGUUUGCUAGUACUAGUUUUAUAGUGGGUAUAUUUAUUUGUGUUGAUCGUGUGUUGAACAUAUACACUUGAUGAGCAUUUUAAAAUGUGUCUCAAACUGUGGAUGUAAUAUGUAAUGAAUGUGCCGUUUACACUGAAACAUAUUUUUAUUUAUAUUCUCUAUAAAAAUAACUGCUGUAGAUCAGUUACUUGUUAUUUAGGUUGAGAUAUACGAGUACUGAAUGUUUUUUCAAAACAAAGAAGGGUUGGCAUGUAUUUAAGUAAAAUGGGUACUUACCGAACAGCCUUAGGUACAGUCACCACACGGGAUUGUUAUGCCAUUUAGGGUUCUUGCUAAAUUGGAAAUUCUAUAGCGUAGUAUUGAACAACCAAUAUAGCUAGGACCCUAAAUAGCGGAGCGUGAUGGAACAUCAAAAAUUGUAUUCGAAUCAAUUUUCAGUUAUCCCCUUUUAAAAUGUCAACCUACUUCUUUGAUAACUUAACACCCAUGGCCAAAAAAUGUAACAUAAUGAAAUACUCUGAUAUCAAAAUAUUUUCUCUAAAACUUUUGACGUAGCUGUUGGGGCCAGCCCAAACUAGCGUCUUUUGAACGUCGGCGUCUAGUCGGCGCUAUGGAAAAUAGCGUCGCAACCAACCAACGUUGCGUCGAGUAGCAGCCAUAGAGUUACUAGACGCCGACGCUCGGAAGACGCCAGACCGGUUGGCCUUUAAUCUCAACUUGUUUUGGGAACUUCAGGCCAUAGCCGCAUGAGUUAGUAUAAAUGUUGUGCUGUAUGAAAUUACUUUAAGGAGUCACAAUAAAAUAUUGUUUGUGAUUUUU